GGCGAAAAGGAAGACGAAAUGAGCUGCAAAUGAUAUACAAAUGAUUUUAUAUCCCAGUCACGUUUAUAUGGAGGACAUGUCUUCGCGUUGAAACGAAGAAAUGAAGAUGAAUCUUUUUGUAAUCUCUUGUGUGGUCCUCGUCGCUCACUUGAGUUUAUUGCAAGUGAAUGCAGGUGCACAUAGCAAUUUUAACCGAGAGUUGCGAAGCUACGAAUUUGUCUCACUUCAUCAGCAUCAACAAGACCGAUGGAAGAGAGAGACUUCAAACAAAUCGAAUUCAGAUGAUCAAAUUGGAAGAGCGAUCUUUUCCGUGAGAGGAUUCGGCAAGGAUUUUGUCUUGGAUGUCGUCCAAAACCGCGUUCUACUAUCUGCUAAUUAUUUGUCAAGAUAUUUCGAUGCAGACGGUCGCGAAAUUAUCAGCAAGAAUGAGGGCAAUGACAAAAAUUGUUUCUAUCAAGGAACUGUUCAAGGCAUGAAGAACUCAGUUGUGGUUAUCAGCACAUGUCAAGGAAUUGAGGGAACGAUUUACGAUGGAAAUGAGACUUACUAUGUACAACCAUUCCCUGGUGAUAUGAACAGGCAUAUUAUGUACCGCACUAAAGACCUGAGAACUGGUGAUAAACGUUGUGGAGUAAAACAUUCUGAUAUUCCAUCUUCUGUGGAUGAGCUGGUUUCAUUAAGAAAACACAGAACACGACGAAACAUAGAAAGUGAAACAAAGUUUGUGGAAUUACUUUUAGUCAAUGAUAACAGUCAGUAUUUGGAUCUAAAGAGCAACAAGACAGCAGUAGAAUACCGUUCAAAGAUGAUUGCUAACCUUGUAGACUCUCUCUUCCGACCUUUCAAUGUGCGUGUGGCUUUAACAGCUGUUGAAAUAUGGAGUCAGUCAGAUAAAAUCGUUGUCGACGAGGACUCAAACAAGUGUCUAGAUAAUUUUAUGGUAUACAGAAAUAAAGAACUUGUCAAGACAUAUGAUCAUGAUAAUGCACAGCUGCUAACGCACCGUGAUUUUAAGGGUGCCACUGUUGGUAAAGCUUCAGUAAUGGCCAUGUGUGGAGAGAAAUCAGGUGGUGUAGUGCAGGAUCAUUCAUUUAGUGCAGCAGCUACAGCAGCAACCGUAGCUCAUGAAAUGGGUCACAACUUUGGCUUGUAUCAUGAUGAAGAUAGUAAUCCGGGGGGGCUACUCCCCUAUAUGGGCUAUACAGCUGGCAGGCCUUAUAUCGGAAAUUCUUUACCGUACAGGGCCAAAGUCAUACCUAGUUACAUUGUCUCCAAACAAAAAGAAUUUAACAUUCUUCUUUUCAAUAUUAGGAGUAAACCAUCAACAGAAUGGUCUUCCUGUAGUUUUGAAUCAUUUGACAAGUUUCUGAAGAGAGGCUUGGACGCCUGCUUAUUUGACAAACCUUCAACUUUGUUUGGAGAUGCUUUGUGUGGUAAUGGAUUCAAAGAAGAAGGUGAAGAGUGUGACUGCGGCACCAUUGAGGAGUGUGAGAAGUAUAGUGACAACUGUUGUAAUGCCACGACCUGCAAGCUUCAUCCCAGUUCUGAAUGCGACACUGGACCAUGUUGCUUGAAUUGUAAGCUCAAGUCUGAAGGCUCACUUUGUCGGGAUAAAAUUACUGAAUGCGAUUUACCAGAAUUUUGUACUGGAAAAUCGGAAUUGUGUCCGAGUAACAAGUACGUUGUUGAUGGUAUGCCUUGUGCUGACAAUAAGGGAUACUGCUACAAGAGCGAAUGCCCUUUACACGACGUCCAGUGUCAAGAUCUGUGGGGACCAGAUGCACUGACGGGUCCAGACGGUUGUUAUACCUGGAACGAGAAGGGAGAUUAUCGAGGAAACUGUGGCCAGUUUGGUGAUAACGCGUAUCUGAAGUGCGCUUCAGAGGACAAGUUGUGUGGCAUGCUUCAUUGUACCAACCUUGACGGGGUUAAAUUUCCUGUUAUUGGAAGACAUCGAGGUAUUUACAUACAUACCAAUGGUUCAACGGUAUGCAAAAGCACUUCUGUGAGCCUUGGUUUAGAUGUUCCUGAUCCAGGGCAAACUGUGGACGGAACAAAGUGUGGAGAUAAUAAGCUUUGUGUAAACCGGAAGUGUACAAGUAUUGAAACGUUCACUGCCGGCUUCAAGCAGUGUCCAAACAACUGUUCUUAUUCUAAUGGAAACGGAGUAUGCAACAACGAGUUCGAGUGUUUCUGUUAUAGCUGUUGGCGAGGAGCAGACUGCAGUGUAUGGGAAGAAUGCAAUACACAAGGUACAGAUAACGGCACAGAGCGCACUAUAGUCCCCCCUACAACAAAUAACUACACAGAUCAUGAGGUGCCAGCAACUGAUGAGCCAGAGGCCAGGCGAAGCAACUUAGCAGGGAUUUUAAUCGGUGUGUUUCUUAUUAUUUUGUUGGUGGUCGGUAUUGUUUGUGCCAUCAUUUACCGAAAACAAUUGAUGGAGAAAUGGCGCGCCUUCCAGCAAAAGGCCCCAGUCAGUAAAAGGUACCAAGGUGUGUCCGCUGGGUCUCCUAAACGAAGUGCGGCAGCGCGUAAUGGAACAAGGGCCACUGCAAAGGCAAACGUUGAGGCUCCUAAAUCAAGACUUGAUAUAUCAGGACCCACACUCCAGAGCUCUACCCGAGCAGAGCCUACUGUUACUAUAACUCCUAAUCCGCUAAGGACAUCAAGGUUCUCAGCUGAACCUGUUAAACAAGAUCAACCGGCUUCGCAACCUCGAGUAGCUUUAAAGCCUACUUCCUCAAAACCAGCUAAACCUGGAGCACCUGCUGUGAACAGGGAGGAACGUCCUCCAAAGCUUCCACCCGUGACACUUCGAACCCGUGAGUGGCCACCCAAAGGCGACAAAAAGAAUUCCUUAAAUCGAGCCUCCAGUCCUCCAGUAGUAACGGAACCUGUUAAGCCUUUUAAACCUACUAAGCCUCCUCGACCAGAGAGCCACGCGGGAGUCCUAGAUAAAGCACCAUUGCCUCCGCCUCCUGCUAAAAAGGCGCCUAGGGAGUGGCCUCCUCCUGACCAGAAAAAGGACGCAAAUCCAGGCACAGCUAAUGACGCCAAAGCCCCUGGAAGUCAACCGAAAGUUGCACUUAAGCCUGUUCCAAAACCGAUUGACAAGAGAUUCCCGAAACGACCCUCGGAGGAAAGGCCAACCUCUCUGCCACUCAAACCAUCUGAUAUCAAGAAAGGACUUAACGCGAGUAACGAGCGACCUCUGUCUACUGCAAAUGCUAGACUAAAGAAAGCACCUCUUAAACCCCCAGGCCCCAUUCCUCCGCGACCUGGGACAAAGCCCGCGUGAGUUGAAAUCGUGUACGUGCUGAAGGACCUCCUGAACCGCCAUCAAUAGGAUGGUUUAUGGAAUAAAUUGUUACAGGAUUCUCUUCAUGAUAAGAUAAUAAUUUAUCACUGCUUUCGCUCUUAGUGAAAAUAUCGAAAAUUAAAUUAAGCUAGGCAAGAUAACAAAAUUAAAAUAAUUUAGCUGAAUUAUGCAAUUAAUCAAAAUGAUGUCGAAGUUAAUCCAGGUGUUGACAGAAUCAUCAGAACAGUCACAAAAUAUUUGCACCAAAUAUCUAGGUACUUUUGUCAAUUCGUUGAGUCAUGUUUUAUUGUACAGUUUGAAAUUUCAUAUCUUUUGGGCUUAAUUUUUUUAGCAUUUAUAACUUGAACUUACCUCGUGAAAAAAAUGUCAAGUGAUAAGAAGCGUUUUAUUUGUUGUUUUAGUCUCAAGUAUGAAUUUAUUUCUUCACACGCGUAAGGUUAAGUUUUACGCUUAAGUUUAGCUUGUCAGUGAUAGUCUCCUUCAAGCUAGUGACAAGAGGCAUCCUAUGUUUAUACUUGAAAGAGUUUGUAAUAGCGUAGGAACGUGAACAUUGGGUUUUGUCAUAGUAUAGUAUUUUAUUUUUCUACGCAUUUUGUUUUAGUGUAAAUUGUUUCGGAUAACUCCGUAACUUGUUAAUUGGUUUUCAAAAUAACGUCGGAUGAACGGCAGGUAAGGCUAAUCAUAGAAUGAACGUUAUUUUAAAAAUAAAAAACCUUAUUUAAAUACGUACAUACAUGUGUUGAACAAGAUGUUGGUAUCUUGAGAAGUCGCAAGCUUAACUGAGACGCAUGAGAUCAUUGGAAAUUUUAUCCUGCAUGUAAAUUAUACGUUGAUAUAAUUAUAAUGACAACAGUGAGCGUUGUAAAUUAAAAUUAUUGCCAUCAAACAAGCGGA